AUGGAUUCGCAUACAAGCUCCUUCUUGGACUCGCUUACAAGCUUCAUCAUGGACGCGCUUACAAGCUCCUUCUUGGACUCGCUUGCAAGAUCCUUCUUAGACUCGCUUGCAAGCUCCUUCUUAGACUCGCUUGCAAGCUCCUUCUUGGACUCGCUUACAAGAUCCAUCAUAGACUCGCUUACAAGCUCCUUCUUAGACUCGCUUGCAAGCUCCUUCUUAGACUCGCUUGCAAGCUCUUUCUUGAACUCGCUCACAAGCUCCUUCUUGGACUCGCGUACAAGCUCCAUCAUGGAUUCGCAUACAAGCUCCUUCUUGGACUCGCUUAUAAGCUCCAUCAUGGAAGCGCUUGCAAGCUCCUUGUUGGACUCGCUUGCAAGCUCCUUGUUGGACUCGCUUGCAAGCUCCUUUUUAGACGCGCGUACAAGCUCAUUCUUAGACUCGCUUGCAAGCUCCUUCUUGGAUUCGUUUGCAAGCUCCAUCAUAGACUCGCUUGCAAGGUCUUUCUUGGACUCGCUUGCAAGCUCCUUCUUAGACGCACUUACAAGCUCCUUCUUAGACUCGCUUGCAAGAUCCUUCUUGGACUCGCUUACUAGCUCCAUCAUAGACUCGCUUACAAACUCCUUCAUAGACUCGCUUGCAAGCUCCUUCUUAGACUCGCUUGCAAGCUCUUUCUUGGACUCGCUCACAAGCUCCUUCUUGGACUCGCUUGCAAGCUCCAUCAUGGACUCGCAUAAAAGCUCCUUCUUGGACUCGCUUACAAGCUCCAUCAUGGACGCGCUUGCAAGAUCCUUCUUGGAUUUGCUUGCAAGCUCCUUCUAA